AAUGGCUCGGUUUGGAGACGAGUCCGCUCCCAGCACAGUGGACUCCGGGGAUGGGGACUUGGAGCGCGGUGGGGACGGGCAGGACGCGGCGGCGGCGGCGGGACUGACGGCUUCCAUGAAACAAGCGAAGGCGCAGCGGGCCCGGACCAUGGCUCUGUACAACCCGGUCCCCCACCGGCAGAACUGCCUCACCGUCAACAGGUCGCUCUUCAUAUUCGCAGAGGACAACAUCAUUAGGAAAUACGCGAGGAGAAUCAUUGAAUGGCCACCAUUCGAGUACAUGAUCCUGGCCACCAUCACCGCCAACUGUGUCGUCCUGGCCUUGGAGCAACACCUCCCAGGAGAGGAUAAGACCCCUAUGGCAAAGAGACUGGAGAAGACAGAGCCAUACUUUAUCGGGAUCUUCUGCUUCGAGGCGGGGAUCAAGCUGGUGGCCCUCGGUUUUGUUUUCCAUAAAGGUUCCUACCUGAGGAACGGCUGGAACGUCAUGGACUUCAUAGUCGUGCUCAGUGGGAUCUUGGCCACUGCUGGUGCCCACAUGAACAUCCCAGUUGACCUUCGAACCCUGAGGGCUGUACGAGUGCUGAGACCUCUCAAACUUGUCUCCGGGAUCCCCAGCCUGCAGAUUGUCUUGAAGUCUAUCAUGAAGGCCAUGAUCCCUCUGCUUCAGAUCGGACUUUUGUUGUUCUUCGCCAUCCUCAUGUUUGCCAUCAUCGGUCUGGAGUUCUACAGCGGGAAGCUUCACCACACCUGCCUGCCAUCUGUCGACAUCCUCGACAAUGAGACUGUUGACUCGUCUGAGUUGGCGUUUGCGUGCGGAGUGAGGAAGUGUCCGGAGAAGUAUGACUGCAACGACACCUGGAUCGGGCCCAAUGACGGCAUCACGCAGUUCGACAACAUCCUGUUUGCUGUGCUCACCGUCUUCCAGUGUAUUACCAUGGAGGGAUGGACGGCCGUUCUUUAUAAUACCAACGAUGCCUUGGGCCCCACAUGGAACUGGAUGUACUUCAUUCCUCUCAUCAUCAUUGGCUCGUUCUUUGUCCUGAACCUGGUUUUGGGAGUCUUGUCUGGAGAAUUCGCCAAGGAGAGGGAGAGGGUGGAGAACCGGAGGGCCUUCAUGAAGCUGCGGCGCCAACAGCAGGUGGAAAGGGAACUGAACGGCUACCGAGCCUGGAUAGACAGGGCAGAGGAGGUAAUGCUUGCAGAGGAGAAUAAAAAUUCAGGGAGAUCCCCGUUAGAUGUGCUAAAGAGAGCGAGUAAGAAGACCGGUGCACGGAGAGGAGCACCAGGGGACGACAAGUACACAGACAUGUCUACUGCCAGCAUGUCGCGAUCGAGGAUGAAUUUCCGCAGUGGCCGUCGUGGCCCCGCUGCCUACCUGCGACGUAAAGAGCGCAUGUUACGCAUCUCCAUCCGCCGCAUGGUGAAGACGGACACUUUCUACUUGAUGGUUCUCAGUCUGGUGGCUCUGAACACCAUCUGUGUGGCCAUCGUCCACCACAACCAGCCCGACUGGCUGACCAUCUUCCUCUACUAUGCAGAGUUUGUUUUCCUGGGGCUGUUUUUGGCUGAAAUGUUUUUGAAAAUGUAUGGUCUGGGUUUCCGGCUCUAUUUCCAUUCGUCUUUCAACUGCUUCGACUGUGGGGUCAUUGUUGGCAGCAUCUUUGAGGUGGUCUGGGGCUUCUUCAGGCCUGGUAUGUCAUUUGGGAUCAGCGUACUGAGGGCGCUGAGACUUCUGAGAAUUUUUAAGAUCACCAAGUACUGGGCCUCUCUCAGGAACCUGGUUGUGUCCCUCAUGAGCUCCAUGAAGUCCAUCAUCAGCCUGCUGUUUCUUCUCUUCCUCUUCAUUGUGGUGUUUGCUCUGCUGGGGAUGCAGCUUUUCGGAGGAAGGUUCAUCUUUGAAGAUUACACUCCCACCAACUUUGACACGUUUCCAGCUGCCAUCAUGACAGUGUUUCAGAUUCUGACUGGUGAGGACUGGAACGAGGUAAUGUACAAUGGGAUUCGCUCACAGGGAGGUGUGCAGUAUGGCAUGUGGUCAUCGAUCUACUUCAUUGUGCUCACGCUAUUUGGAAACUACACACUGCUGAAUGUCUUCUUGGCCAUCGCUGUGGAUAAUUUGGCAAAUGCACAGGAACUGACAAAGGAUGAAGAAGAGGAAGAAGAGUUCUUCAACCAGAGAUAUGCCAGGGGCAGGGAUGGCUUGAUCUCUGAUGGGAGAAGAAGACCCUACCUAUACAGGAAACGGGCGAUCCACCGAGGUCGCCCAACCUUCCCAGAGGAGCCCGAGGGUGUGACAGGGGCCCCAGACGAGCAGCCUCUCAAUGGCUCCAACGCCUUCGCCAACCGGCGCGAGAGGAGGAGAAAGGUUAAUAUGUCAGUGUGGGAGCAGAGAGCCAACCAGCUACGCAAACGUCGGCAGAUGGCGAGCAGAGAGGAGCUGUUUGGCAGCCCUACAGAGGACACCAUUGAAACUCCCACUAUCCCCCACCACGUUUCCACCCUUUCCCCGGAGGCCAGUCCUGCUCACCUGCCUGAGUCUCCCAUGUCUGUCGGGAUGCCCCUCCCUGAGCCCCCGAUGUCCAUCUCCAUCCCCAUCCCUGAGCCUCCGGUGGCUGAGCCUCUGGUAAACCUGAGUGAGGAGAAAACAGGAGGCGCUAACCACCGGACUACAGGUGGGGGCAGGCACAGGAUGGCCCGCAAGUUCAGGCCCAGUCAGGGGCCGGACGAAGGGGCCCGGCACAGACGCCACCGGCACCGCGAAGCUCGCACUGAAGCCAAGAGUCUGGACUGUACACAGUCGCCACAUGAGGUGCCUCAAGUGAGACGAGCUCUCAGCCAGGAGAGGAAGAUACUGGAUGAGAACGAAGAGAAGGACGAAAGAGAGGAGAGAGAGAAGGCAGAGGCGGAAGGAGGGUCAGUCAAAGAUGAUUGUGGAACCUGCAUUGUCAAUCCAUAUGCAGAAGUCGGAGAAGACUGUCGAAGAGCUGCUGUUCCUGACCCUCCUCCGUGUGAGCAGCUGCUCGACUGCCCUUGGUCAGAGCAGGGUGCAGGUCAGCACACCGACCAGUACGAGCCCCUGUGCCAAAACAUCCCAGUGGAGCCUGCCUUAGAGGCCACAGAAUACACUGUGAGCGCCAUCGAGUCCGAGAACUGCCCCGUCUCCCUCAAACGUGACAAGUCUAACCUGGAGGGAAGCGUGGCCAUCGAAAUGUCUGCACAACCGCUGCUGGAGCUCACACCCAUGACAGUGAACAGUAAAGAGCUGGAGGCGUACCAAAGCGAUAAAGAGAGAGACGAGGAGACGGAAGAGGAGGAACCUCCGAUUCCUCCCAAACCUGUGGCUCCAGACAGCAUGUUCAUCUUCAAGGCCUCCAACCCUAUCAGAAGGAUCUGCCACUACGUGGUCACGCUACGCUAUUUCGAAAUGACCAUCCUCCUUGUGAUUGUGGCGAGCAGCAUUGCACUGGCUGCUGAGGACCCUGUGUGCACCAGCUCAGACAGAAACAAGGUCCUCCGUUAUUUUGAUUAUGUCUUCACUGGAGUGUUCACCUUUGAAAUGAUCAUAAAGAUGAUAGACCAGGGUCUCAUUCUGCACGACGGCUCUUAUUUCCGAGACAUGUGGAACAUCCUGGACUUCAUCGUGGUGGUGGGAGCUCUGAUUGCCUUUGCUCUAACGAAUGUGAUGGGGAACAACAAAGGCCGAGACAUCAAGACAAUAAAGUCUCUCAGAGUUUUGAGAGUUCUGCGGCCUCUUAAAACUAUCAAGAGACUUCCUAAACUCAAGGCUGUUUUUGACUGUGUGGUCACAUCUCUGAAGAACGUCUUCAACAUCCUCAUUGUGUACCAGCUCUUCAUGUUCAUCUUUGCUGUCAUUGCGGUGCAGCUCUUUAAGGGGAAGUUCUUCUAUUGCACUGACAGCUCCAUGAAUACAGAGAAGGAGUGCCAAGGCUACUACAUUGACUACAGCAGAGACAAGAAGGAGGUGAAGAGGAGAGAGUGGAAGAGACACGAGUUUCACUACGACAACGUCUGCUGGGCCCUUCUCACACUUUUCACCGUCUCAACUGGAGAAGGAUGGCCUCAGGUCCUGCAGCACUCGACUGAUGUAACAGAGGAGAACAUGGGGCCAAGUCGGGGGAAUCGAAUGGAGAUGUCAGUUUUCUAUGUGGUUUACUUCGUGGUCUUCCCGUUCUUCUUCGUCAACAUCUUUGUGGCUCUGAUCAUCAUCACCUUCCAGGAGCAGGGUGACAAGAUGAUUCAGGAGUGCAGUCUGGAGAAGAACGAGAGGGCUUGCAUCGACUUUGCCAUCAGCGCCAAGCCGAUGACCCGCUACAUGCCUCAGAACAGGCAAACCUUCCAGUACAGACUGUGGCACUUUGUGGCAUCGCCCUCUUUUGAGUACACGGUGCUGGUCAUGAUCGCCCUCAACACUGUGGUCCUCAUGAUGAAGUACCACUCGGCUCCAACAGCGUACGACACAGUCCUGAAACACCUGAACACAGCUUUCACUGUCCUCUUCUCUAUGGAGUGUAUACUCAAGAUCAUGGCAUUUGGUUUUGUGAAUUACUUUCGAGAUACUUGGAAUAUUUUUGAUUUCAUCACUGUUCUUGGCAGCAUCACUGAGAUAAUUGUGGAUUUACAGUCGGUCAACACCAUCAACAUGAGUUUCCUGAAGCUUUUCCGAACAGCCAGGCUGAUCAAGCUGCUCAGACAGGGUUACACCAUCCGUAUUCUGCUGUGGACCUUCGUACAAUCAUUUAAGGCUCUUCCUUAUGUCUGUCUUCUCAUUGCUAUGCUUUUCUUCAUAUAUGCCAUAAUUGGAAUGCAGGUGUUUGGAAACAUCAAGCUGAAUGAUGAGAGUCACAUCAAUCAGCACAACAAUUUUAAGACGUUCUUCAGCGCCCUGAUGCUUCUGUUCAGGAGCGCGACAGGCGAGUCCUGGCAGGAGAUCAUGCUCUCCUGUCUUGCGGGUCAGGAGUGUGAACCAGACCCCUCCAUCGCCCCCUUCACCAUGUCUCCAGACCACGAGGGAGGCUGCGGCACUGACUUUGCUUACUGCUACUUCGUCUCGUUCAUCUUCUUCAGCUCGUUCCUGAUGCUAAAUCUGUUUGUGGCAGUCAUUAUGGAUAACUUUGAGUACCUGACACGAGACUCUUCAAUCCUCGGUCCCCAUCACCUGGACGAGUUCGUCCGCAUCUGGGGGGAGUAUGAUCGUCUGGCAUGCGGUCGUAUCCACUACACGGCCAUGUACGAGAUGUUAACACACAUGUCGCCACCCCUGGGCCUGGGCAAAAAAUGUCCUGCUAAGAUCGCUUACAAGAGGUUGGUGUUGAUGAACAUGCCUGUGGACGAGGACAUGACCGUCCACUUCACCUCCACUCUGAUGUCGCUCAUCCGCACAGCUCUGGAAAUCAAAAUAGCUCGAGGUGGCGAGGACCGUGUCGCUCUGGAUACUGAACUGCAGAAAGAGAUCAGUAUCAUUUGGCCUUAUCUGCCCCAGAAGACCUUGGACCUACUGGUACCUAUCAACAAAGAUACGGACAUGACAGUGGGGAAGAUCUACGCUUCGAUGAUGAUAAUGGACUACUUCAAACAGAACAAAGCCAAGAAGCUCAGGCAACAACUAGAAGCUCAGAAGAGUAACUUGAUGUUCAAGCGCCUGGAUGCCUCUACCCUCCCAGAGGACAUUCUGUCCAACACCCAGCCACUGCCAAUGAUGGCUCACAGCGCCGGUUCAGCCCUGACCAGAGGAGGCUUCGUGGCUUUGAGCCCGAUUUCGCCCCAGGAACUGUUCUUGCAGCCCAUGAGCUCUGACACUGAUGCAAGUCAGCAGCAGAAUCUGGUGGGCGAGUGCAGUAGGGGGAUUGAAGCCCCACUGGAGCUUCCACUAGGGAGGGGCCUGUGUGUGCGGGCCUCUUCCAUGCCCCGUCUGGCUGUAGAGUCGCAGCAGACGGAGGUUGCAAGUGGCUCCAUGAAGCGCUCCGCGUCCACUGUUGGGGAUCAGCGAGCGAACGGUCUUUGGCAGGAGGAGAAGAGUCCUGAGCGAGUGUAUCGACCUCGUCACAAAAGCUACAAGGCAGCUGUUUCUCGAUCUGAACACUGGCAGCAGGGCGAUAGGGAGCGUGGCCGGUCUAAGGAGCGUUGUCACCUCCUCUCUCCAGACACAUCUCGUUGUAACUCAGAGGAGAGAAGCCUGCAGCCCUCACGAUCCUCCAGCGUAGAGAGAGCACACCCACAGGAUAAACAGGGCAACAGCUCAGACAGUCCAGUGCCCUCCACCUCUGAGUCCAGCACCCCCAGUGGCCGAAGACCAUUGUCGCAAACCCCAACCCGCUCUCGCCCUCACAUCUCCUACUCCCCACUGGUGUGUCGCACACAAGCCUCCGUUGGUGAGGACGAUGAGGAUGAACAGGGCAGCCCAGAGACCAUGAGGCGGGGCAAACCCACCUGGGAGACCCAAGAGGGGGUCUCAGGAGAGAGGCGGGCCGAGGCCGGCCGACACCCGUCCCCACCUCGACGCUACCCUUCCGAGCCGUUCCUGGCCUCACAAGAGGACGACCACAGCCCAGAUCCCUCCGGUCCCAUGGAGACGUUGACCUUCGAGGCGGCUGUGGCCUGCAGCCUGGGACGCUCAAACACCAUCAGCUCGGCCCGCCCGCGCUUGCGGACUGGCUGGCAGGUCCCCAACGGACACUUUCGGAAGCGUCUGGCGCAGACGACCUCAGUCGCAGGCUGUGAUCCUCUCAGCGACACAGAGGAGGAUGACAGGUGCUAG